UACGGAGCAAAUAUCAGCAGCACCAACACAAGUACACUGCCAAGCUGCGACGCUUCAAGUGAGAGUUUGUCUGUUUAUGGUCAUAAAUUUAGUAUGACGUCCCUGCAGCUUAAUUUGACUUCUUCUUCUUCUUCAAAACAAGGUCAUCCAGUUAUCAGACAGAAUGACCCCACCCAUAACAUGGCCCCUCCAUCAGAAGUGGACCAGAUCAACUUUUUAAGAAGGCCACUUUUCUCUCCAAGCCAUUCUGUUGCAAAUGUUAAUCAAGAGCUGAAGAACAAGGGAUCCUUAUUAGCCAGUACUAACCCUACAAUUUCAGUGACAGAUAAUGCUGAUGGUUUUAACCCUUAUGAACCCACCUUUCAGUCAAGUCAUCUGAAGUUUAACCGACACAGUAGUCACUAUUCACUGAGUGUCUUGGCUGGAAAUCAAAGAGAAUAUAAAACAGGAGAGACAGGUAGAAAUGUAUAUUCUCCCCAAGGAUUUGCCACAACUCAAGGCUUCAGAGAAGCUCCUAAGCAUUCUUCUACUGUAGAGUCUGGUAAGCCUUUCACAUCUUUUAGAAAUUUUGUUGCUAAUAGUUCACAAGAUUUUAGUGUGCCCCCACCAGUUGGCUUGCCCCCAAUGACCUGUUCAUCUCUGCCAACUGGUUUGUCCCUACUGAUUGGUGCACCUCCACCAGCCAGCGUUUUCCCACUGACUAGCACUUCCCUACAAUACCAGCCUCAGCAACAGGCUAUUGCCCAAAUUGCCGAGUCAGUAGAGAUGAUAAUCUGUUGUAAACAAUGUAAGGAAACCCACAGAUGGCCGCAUGUUCUACGCUGCCUCCACGUGUUCUGUUUCCCUUGCUUGGUCACUAAAUUUAACCCUGCUGAUCAGACUAUCAUUUGUCCAAGCUGUCAUUUGGAAACAUCCAUGAAAGAUGGCCCUUGUAGUUUGAAGAUGGAUGUUCAUGCUUCAAGAAUGAUGCUUUCUCAGAACAUCUCCCCAUUUACCUGCACAGCCUGUAGCCGGGGCCAGGAUGCCGUUACAUGCUGCAAAACCUGCAUAGCUUAUCUUUGCCGCAGUUGCCAGGAUGGGCAUCAGAAUAUAAAUCAAUUUCUAAACCACACGCUGGUUCCUAUCACCAAGAUGCGUAAAAAUGCUGAUGGAGUAUACACUCACUUCUGUGACCUGCAUCCUUCACAGCAAUUGACAGAUUACUGUUGUGUCUGUAAAAACAUGAUCUGUAUAGUGUGUCGGCCAGAUCAUAAUCAUCCUGACAAUGCUAACUGCUGCAUGAGUAUGGCUGAGGCGUUUCAAACUGUUGCUGAAGUACUCCGUAGAUACAACCACGACUCUGAUGUCAAGGCUGACGAUAUGUUUGGAAUAGCUAAGAAGGGACCAUUGUCAAAAAGGGAGUUGGAUCAAAUGGGAAGAAAGGUAUUUAAACUAAUUGAUGAUUAUUGUAAUUAUUCCCGUGCAGUAAUAGAGCAGAAUCGAGAGCUCGCUCUUAAGCAAGUGAUGGCAACCCUCUUGCACCUGGAGCAGAAAUCCAAGACUGUGGCCAGUGAUGCAUAUAAGGCUUGUGAGGAUAUGAAGACAUACAAGGACUUCACCAGCCGUACUAUGAAUAUGAGCGUUCCAGAAGAUACACUGAUGUAUUUACAAAUUAUGGAUGAGGCAUACAAAAGAAGUGUUAUUUCCUGCUCAAAAGUCACAAAAGAAAAUGAACACAUCCAGGGUGAGGUGACAUUUACUCCAGACUACAAAGAGACACAUGAAAUCUUGAGCCAUAAUUUAGCUUGUAUAUACCAUGACAACCAGCUAGUGCCAGAUGCUAACCUCUUACCUUACAUGGAGGAAAGUCACAACCCUAGGAACCACAUAGCUUCAGUUGAGAAUUCCAACCACAGAUAUCGGAGCCGGUCGGUCACCACUGAAACCAUGCCUAUAUCUACUUGGAACUCCGUGACUGAUGGUGAGAGAAAGAAUGGUACAUUCAUCUCUCAGUUGAACCGCUGCCGAACUAAAACCUCGUAUAUUCACACUUUUGGGGAGUCUGGUCAAGGUGAAUAUUCUUUCACAGAACCUAGUGGCCAUGCAUACAUGAAAGAUGGCUCCUAUGUUAUUUGUGACACCAACAACCACAGAAUUGUUCAUUACAGUGCCAGCCAUGAAUAUAUACGAACGAUUGGCCAACCUCCAAGCCUGCCCCCAGUGGUUGGUGGGCCUGACGGUCGCAGCCGAGGAAAGUUUUCACGUCAAAAUGGCUACCUGUAUUUCCCCUACAGAGUUGCCAUCUGUCCUGUUACCCAGAACAUUGUUGUCACAGAAAGAUCACCGAGUCAUGAUAUCCAAAUAUUCUCACAUGCUGGAACUUUUCUGCGAUGCUUUGGUGGCAACAUUCUUCAGCAUCCACGUGGUGUAACUGUCGAUGAAGAAGGCAACAUUAUUGUAGUAGAAUGCAAAAUUAUGAAACUAGAUAUGUUUAACCAGAAUGGCCACUUGUUCGCAGCAUAUCCUCUCAGCAAAGCUUUACAAUUUCCCAAUGAUAUUGCUGUUAAGGACAAAAAGAUUUUCAUCAGCGAUAACCUAGGCCAUUGCGUCCAUGUCUUCAACUAUAAGGCAGAAUUUUUAUAUAAAAUUGGCAGUGAAUAUGUCACUUACUUCCCGAUUGGAGUGUCCAUCAACCACCUCAACCAGGUCGUUGUUACUGACAACCACAACACCUUCAACAUUACUGUCUUUGACAUGGCUGGAACUGUCCUGCACAUUUUUGAAUCUGUCAGCAAACUGGCCCAGUGCCAUAAUGUAUCCGUUCACCCUACAAGACUCGAACUGAUGCUUUCCACAAAGGACUGUAGUACCUACUUUUUUAGCUAUGAUCCAGAAGGUACACACGCCCUGAAACCUCCAGCCAGCCACAAGUCUGGUAAUGCUGUCAUCAGAACUGGCAGACAUUGA